AAACUAUGGCGGAGAGUGGAUCAGUAGUGGUAGGCGAUCUAACGGGAAAGGAGCGAAGUGUGGUGAAAGUCAAGCCUGAAGACUAUGAGCUGGUGGAUAAGGAUUUCACUGCAGUCAAGAUCAUCUGCCUGGGAGACAGCGCCGUAGGGAAAUCAAAGUUGGUUGAGAGGUUUCUUGUGGACGAGUUUAAGUCCCAACAACAGUCAACGUAUGCUGUGACUCUGUACAAAUAUGAGACAAAGGUCAGAGGAGAAAAGGUCAUAGCAGAUUUCUGGGACACUGCCGGGCAAGAGAGAUUCAACAGUAUGCACACUUCCUACUAUCACCAAGCACAUGCCUGCAUACUCGUAUUUGACGUGACUCGUAAGAUAACUUACAAGAACCUGCAGCACUGGUACUCUGAGCUGAGACAGAAUCGCCCCGAUAUCCCCUGCAUCCUGGUGGCCAACAAGAUUGAUGUGGAUUAUAAGGUGACACAGAAGAGCUUCAAGUUUGCCCGCAACAACCAUCUUCCCUUCUACUUUGUGUCUGCAGCUGAUGGCACCAAUGUUGUCAAG